AUAAAGUAAAGUAAAAACCAGACCAGCUUGUCUUUCUUUAAUAUUUCUUGCUGAGAAUGAAUUUUCUUGGUGGUGGUACAAGAGUGCAUUAAAGUCGUCGUUGUUAAAUAUUCGUGUAUGUAUGUAUCCUAUCUGCUCGAAUAUAAUACCUUUUUGGUUAGGCCACAGUAAAAAGGAAUACCUUUUCUUUCAACAUCUUGUGCACUUCUUGGUCGUUUGCGUACGUACCCAGCAACGUUGAGGAUUUUAUUAUACUAAACUUUACUUUACCACGAGAGGAGAGAGAGGUUGGUCCUUUUUCACGAAAUAAUAAUACAAUUUCUUCCUCCAUUACGCCACCACCAGUGGAAAAAGCGAAGGACUUGAGUCCAGUAAGGCAACGAAAAAGGCUGUAAUGGACCUCGCUCCUUUUACCCGAGAUAGUUCGUCUUUACAAAAAUUUGUGAGGAAAUUGGUCUCAUUUCGUAAUUCUACUUAAUAAGAAGACGAAGAAAAGUGCAACUCGGAAGAGAUUAACCAGUUAUAACUUAACUAUACAUGUAUUUAGUGCUAAGAAGUCGUCAUUCAUAACAGUUAACUAACCAAGGGUGUGACUGACUCCCAAGUUUUUUAUCCAGGAAACGGAAAUUGAUUAGGGAAAAGAAAGAAGAAGAUUUUCUAUCUAGAAAUUUAGUAUCGUCGUCCCAGUUCUGCACAAAAGUGACUCCGGUUAAUAAGAGUUAGCCAAGUUUUAAGCCGAUUACUCCCAAAUUCGGUCGGAUUGAAGGAGGAAAAGAAGAAGAUGACUUGGUCCUUGCUUCUUAUCAAUCCUGUGACGACGUCGACGGUGGUGCAUAAUAGUGUUCUCUGUUCUCUGUUCUCUGUUCAAUUGGCGAGGCGCGGCGUGUACUAAAUAAAACGUAAACCUUUUGGACGACUUUUUGGAAGGAGAUAAAUGUUCCCGAGUUUAGUUAGGUUGCUUCUCAGAGAACCGAAAUUGAGUUGUGCCAUCACUUCGGAAACCAAAACCAGACAUAUUUUGCAUGACAGAGUUACAACAAGACGGGAGAAAAGUUGUGAUUAAUCGGCAAUUCGGGCGGAUUGGAUCUCAUGUUCCUCUCUCUCCUCGCCAUUUAUUUCUGAACUCACUCACUCACUCACUCACUCGCUGGACCUGAGAGACAAGAAAUCUCCAAACUAAUAGUCUUUUCUUGCCUUUAUCCAACUACUUUUUCACCUCAUCACCGGUGAAGAAAAACCAAUUUGUCUCGGCACAACUUUUCCACGGGUAAAUCUCUCCCGGAAAGUUGUUCUAUUUACGAUUACGAUACGAUACGUGUGUCUGUCUCAAUGUGUGUGUGACGAAGUGGAUCAUCUCAUCAGAACAAUAUUGUCCCGCAGUAGUAGUCGUGGUGCUGGUGGUUCUUGUGUGUGUCAAGUAACCGUCAAUCACUCCUCCCACCGUGAAUUUAGCUAAUUUGAUCCACCCCAACGAGGAUUAUCUCUUCCCGUCCUCUGUACAUACGUACACAUUUCGUAUCAUGACACAAAGCCAAAACCAUUACGACUAGUUCGCGAAUUGAUUGAAAGCAUACAAAUUGCGUGUCUUAUGCAAAUCCCCGGAAAAGCGAGAUCCCCGAAAUAUCGUAGUAAAAUAUAAUCAUCCAGAAUCUACAGCGAGAGGCAGUUAUUUAUCAAGUGGUCGUGGCAUGGUUUCUCGUCGAGUGUUAUUAUUGUGUUUCCUGUGCUGCUCCAAAUUCUGUGAAAUCCGUCGAGUUGAAAUUUAAUCUCGUUAUUAUUAUUAUUAUUAUUGUGCGGAGGAGGAAUCGAGCCCAAUAUCCGACAAGGGAAGCGUUAGUGGAGUGGAUGUGGUGCGGAUGUGCUCGAUCUCUAAUUUUGGAAUUGGUCCUAGUAAAUAAAUACUUGUGGUGAUUAGUAGUAAAUUAUUAAAUUAGGAUAUAUACCCCACACACAUACACGUCACACGGGCAGGAAUUUUGGCCCGGAAUAGUCGCAAUUGAAUGGAUGGAUAUCAACACCAAAAUGGAUGAGAGUAGACGCAGCAAGAGAGAAUGAAUUUGAAGUUGGAUGGAUUGUUCUGCUGGUGAUUGGACGUGGACGUGUAUAAAUAUUUCCGAGGAGUAAAUUAUCACCAGAAGAGGAGGAGGAGGAAGAAGAAUAGUUGUUAAUAGUUUGGUUGAUUACUGUUGUUGUUGUUGCUGCCUGGUCGUGAUCGCUCGUUCAGUUCACCGUGGAGAAGGAAGUAUAUACGUCGUCAAGAAGAAGACGAAGAAGUGAACGAACGCUGAAACAUCAUCAUUCUCGAGCUCUCAACUUUUGUAUUUAUUUCUCGAACUACGACCACCACGACACAAACAAGCACACACAAUCAGCAGCAUCAGGUCUCGAGUACCAAGAAUUAUUAUUAUUGGAUCGACUUCAUUCUACAAUUCUACCCAGAAAUGUUGCUGCUGCUCCGAGGGAACAAAGAGACUUACACACCAACACGGCAACAAAUUGACAGAACAUGACAAAUCAGCAUUCCAAAGACUGACUCAAUCUUCUCCUGGACGACGAAGACCUGUUAGAAAAGGAGCCUGGGAUGGAUUGGCCUCUCCGUAAUUAUCAUUCGAAAGGGCGGCCAUGGCUCUCGACGUCUCUCCUCCUCCUCGCCCUCGUCCUCCUUGAGCCCGUCGUCGCGGGCGAAUCCAGCCCACCCGUGGCAGAUGUCGAAGAUCUCUUCAAAGAUGAAGGCUUUCUCCGGAUGUCGCGGGGUGGAGAGGCCUUUGGACGAAGGCCGCCGCCACCUCCCCUGAUCCAUGGCCCGCCACAUUUCUCAACCCAACCGCCACGGGUCGUCUUCCCCACGACGGGCGUCGUCCUACCCAACGGCAAAGGUGGCAAUAAGGGAUCCGUCCCUCCGCCGAGAAGCAAUGACCCAAGCAGCAGUCGUCCCGGCCGAUUAGGUGGUGACGAUGAGAGCAAAGGAGGCGAAUUAUUUACCAGUGGGAGCAGCAAUGUUGGGACCGGGGGGAAAGGUCAACCUCCAAAACAACCCUUGGCGAAGGAUGUGAACGCAGUAUUUUCCAAAGUGCGGUCGGACGGGGGCGCAGGCAGUGAUUCGGAUGCUCACCCACUUCUCGGCAUCACUCCGGCCGCACCAGGGGAGGCAUUCGACUUCAAUCCCAUCCUCUCCAAUCCGGCCGUCACUCGCAUUUUGGCAGGAAGUUCGGGACGGAUUCCACAAUGGGAGCCGACCUUGCCUGAUUUGCAUGAUCUUAUACCGGAAGUAAACUACACCGUGGACCCUGGCACCCGCAGCCAUACUAAUUCCUUUAAUCCCUCCAACAAGCAACCCUCCUCGCCCUCAAAUCCACAUCCCGGUGGUGGCAGUAGUAGCAGUAGUGGUAAUUCCAACAAUCCAGCAGUAUUCGUCCCCUCGCCUGCCUCCUCCAAUCGUUCCCCAACCAUGUACAACAUGGACCAACUCACCAACAACAUUGCCAUUCCGAAACACGUCCUUCCCAAUCCCAGCAACCUUGCCACGUCAAGAAGCACCGUGGUUGUAGACGACAACGGGAGGCAAGAAGACAAUUUCGGCGGCGGCGGGGGCGGUGGUGGGGGUGGAGACGACCGUGACGAACGGUACAUGAACCCAAAUCUCAACUCGCCCAGUAACAACGGGAACAACCACUUGGACCACAGCAGUGGUGACCGCGGAGGAGAGUCGAAUCCUUACUCGUACGACGAUGAGGACUCUGCCGGCGGUGUGGGUGGGGGUGGACUAGGUGAAGACGCCUCAUCGAAAGGGGGCUUCAUGGGGGCGGAGGUGCAAGGGAAGCGUGGCACGUGGAAGGGGAGUGAUGGACUCGACGGCGGAGAUAAUAGCAAUCGGGACGGAAAUGGUCCAAAGUACAUUGUUUGUGAUGCACUUUGCGGAGCGUGGAAUCAUCAGUGCAAAUUGAUGGGGAUCCUCUUUUCCAUCACGAGUGUGCUCUGUCUCAUCUUCUCCUUGGUGGUUUUGCACUCACUCCACUUCAGUCUCAGAGAUUUUGCCCCAUUCUCCGUAAUCCUAUUGUUCCUCUUCACGGCGUCCGCGUCCAGAGCUUCGAUCCUCCUCGCCGGCUGGUUCUGCUCGCCAGUCUCGGAGUCAAGACCGACCUGGCUCCCGAUCCUGUCCGUCUUGCCCGCCACCUUUUUCGUCGUCGCGUUCCUCGUAGCGCUCCAUCUCGCCCGCUUCCCAUUCCCAUUUAUCAAGUCAUACAACACCAUCCCGGCAUACGUUAUUCUCAUCAUUUCCUUGGGAACGGUCCUCCUCCCCCUCGGCCUCGCGGUGGGGGCAUAUUUCUACCCCGCGAGUCACGCCCCACUCACGCAAGGCGCCUGGAUCGCGGCCCACAUGAUGUUGGUCCUCGUCUCGCUCAUCUAUCUCUUCAAGUUUAAACCCUUCUACUCCAAGCUGUCGAGUGAGCGGGGGAGUUCUGGGAUGAUGAUGGGGAACGGGAUGAAUGGGUUGGGUGGAGUUGUCGGCGGUGGGUGUGGCAGUGGGAUGGGUAUGGGGGGACAGAACGGGAUGAUGCAAGGUGGAGGUGGUGGUGGUGGGGGUGGGAGCGUUGGGGGGAAUGGGAACGUAAUGACGAACGGGUCAUGUAACAUGUCCACCCUGAAGAAUAGUAAUAAGCGAGGUUUCGUCGUCAAGUGGGGCUGUCUCCAGGCUAGAGCCAUGUUCGGGGCAGCUUUGCUAGCCUUGACGCUUUCAGUAAUGAUAAUUAUCUCCGUUUCGAUGAGUCGAGGCGAGUGUGAAAAAUCCUCCACAUGGACUGGCUGGGUCCUAAGUUUGUGUGUUCGAAUGCUCGAGUUCGCCAUAGUCAUUUUACUCCUUGUUGUAACUAUUUUUUCCGUUGAUGUUCGAUUCAUUAGUAGAUUAACUCGAGUGUCAAUAAACAAAACGAAUGUGGGAUUGAUCAAUGGAGAUAUUUAUCCCACCAUGGUCUCAUCCAACACUGCUGUUCAGAGAUGUAUCCCCAUGUACAGUUCGAAUGCGAGAGCCGAUGUAAUGAUGUUAGGCCCGACAGAGAGUCGAUCUUCCUUGAGAGGAAAGACAUUUGGGGAGAGAACACUGCCGGGUGAGAGACUGGGGGAAUACCGGUCGAGCGUGGGUCGGGGUUUACCUCUCCGUUUGGGGAAUAACGGCCCUUCUCACUCCCUCCCUGGCACGCCAGUUGAUGGAUUUCCACCCGGGUUGAAGCUCCCCGAACCCGCCCCAGCGAGUCUAUUAGUGACCAAAGUAGUUUUCGGGAAGCCCGUCUCCCGCGAGGUCAGCCAUACGCAUCAGCACGAAAACCCCCUUCUCUGUACAGGCUCCAACCAUCCGGGCUCGAAGGAUGACUCGAAUAAUAUUUAUGCCAGUCUGGAAAGUGUAAAAAUUGCCCCGUUUCCAAAUGCGGGCUCAUCCACGGGGUCAAAUCACUCCGGGUCGGAUCGCGUUCUCCUAUCCGCCCCGAGGGAUUAUAUUUACUCAAUUUCUAGAGAUCUGACGAAAACCAUCGACUCUAUUUAUGACGCAUCGCGGCCGCGUGGAAAUAAUCUGGCUCAUACCAUAGAAUCCGUAUGCCCUCCAUUAGAUCAAAUCGGAUCAAUCCCCAACUUGAGUGGAAAUCAAACAGGAAGAGGAGGCCACUUCAACUUCCAUCCACACAGUAUGCACCAUAACCACCAUCACAACGGAGGUGGAGGCAAUAUGAGCAUGACUCCUGGGCGAACCGAUCUCGCCAGGACGAUUGAGAGGAUCCGUUACGCCGCGGCAGGGGUAGGACCUCCGCCACAGUGUCCUCUCCCAAACCCAAACGGACCUCCGCAUCCCGGAAGGAAUUUUGUCCUUCAACUCGCAAAUGCGAAUAAUAAUAGUAACAAUAGUAAUAAUAAUUCCCACAUUCCCGGUAUGGGAAACCCACCGCCGUACUGUUCGAGUGAGUCGAGUCACGAUGUGACGCCUGAUUCCGGCAUUGUGUCUGACAUUCAUUCCAAAUCUGGUCGUAUGGACGUUUCUGACAACGUGUACUCUAGAGAAUAUAAGCAACGUAGCUCUGUCGAAGACGUUCGCCGAUUACCACUCCUCCCCCUCCAAAAGCACCGGACUCCGGGCCACACUCCCCUCUACGACAGAACUCCCACUUCACCCGCAUCCACCCCCUCGUCCGGCAUGCAUCCCGGGAUCCCCCACUCGACCCCAAACCAACAACAGCAGCAGCAACAGCAACAACAAGGCAACAUUGUCGGUCGUGUGGAACACCUCCUCAACCAGACGGAGCACAUCCUCUCCCGAACUGAGUCACUAGAUAGCAACUCUCAUUCUGCCGGUUUGCAAAGGCUCCUGUCUCACAAAGAACAGUUGGAACACGUUGAGCGACUCUUGGCACAGGCCGAGUACGCAAUCUGGUUAGAAAAACGGACCGCAUCCUCCCAACCCCCAAGUAGUCACGGGAAGCAGGAUCCCAUGGGAAGCCCGUAUGGGUACGCGGCCAGUAGCAAUGGAGGCAUCCUUCUCCCACCCGGAUUCCCCAGUAGUGCCAACAACAGUCUAAUUAUCGCCGGCCAACAACAAUGCAACAAUGACCACCACCAGCAGCAGCAGCAACACCAACAAGACGUGGCCAAUAAUCAUAACAAUAUUAGCAAUAGCAAUUCUGUGACUAAUGGUGGUGGUGGUGGCGUCAAAUCGGGAAACCAUCACGGGGGGAAUAAAAAGAUAUCAAAAAGUUUAGAAGAGGAGAGCGUCGUAUGAUAUCAGUUGAACCACGCUGAUAUUUCACGUGGACAAGACUAUUAAAAACAAUUUCUAAUUAUUAAUUAAUAUUAACUACUACUCUUCAACGACAUUAACGACGAGGGAGGUGGUGGUGCGGUUAAUUGUGUAGUUCUUCAAAACCGUGCUGUUGUUUGUGCUUCUCAUUCUCCCCACGCCAUAUAUUUAAUUACUUGACUCCAAUAAAAGUAAAUUAAUAAUCUUCGUAAGAGAACUUUUCAAGAUUUCCGAAAACCGAAAAACGAUUUUUGUUAUGACCAGAGUCCUGUUAAAAAUUAUUUAUUAUUAUGACGAUGUGACAGACGUUAUUAUUUUGAGCGAAUCAGUAUUUACAACCUGCCCCCAAUUAACGGAUAAUAAUUUCUUAUUCCUUUAACUAACCACCACAUAAAUAUAUCAUCCGAUACAAUCAUGUGAUCACAGUUUUUAUAAUUAUAUAAUUUGCAUAGUUUUAUAUUUAUUAUGUUAGCGUCACCCCAUAAAUAAUUAUGCGUUGAUAAGUAUCCUUUUCGCAAGUGCCAAGUAUUUUCUUUACAGUUUUACAUUUUUUACGAAUUUCGGUGCAUUUUUUACACAGUUUUUUUAUACAUUAUUUAUACGUUGUGCAUGUCUUCUAUGAUGCCAGGUCGUUACUAUAUCCCACCAAUUAUUAUGACUUACCUACCACCAGCUAAAUUACUAAUUUGUCAGGAGAAUUAUUUAUUGUACGCAAAUUUGGAAUGAGACUUAAAUUCAUGGAAUUUUUCGGUAUGAAAAAAGUAACGAUUUCCUCUAAUAAGUAUGCAAAAAUUUUGCGAAAUAGUUUGAAAUACUUACACUAUGUACUUGAAGACUGUCUACUUACUAAUUAACGAUACGUAAUAAGGCUAACUAUCCAAAUUUGGAUUGAUUAAAUUUAACUGUUAUCAAAUCCUCGUCCCUCAACGAGUAAUUGUAAUUAAUCCAAACGCAAUUAAUAACCACCCACCAAAAGUUUUCUUUCCAUGAUUUACGUACCAUCAGGUUGUGGUGUUUCCUAGAAAGUAUUAUUCUUAAGAGGAUACCGUAGUAGAAGCGGAAGACUAGUUGUAACCUUAAAAUAUGUAAUUAGCAGGAAACAUUCUUAAUUACGUGUAGUACCUCGAUGCAUACUUGAAAUGCGUAAAAUAUUUAAGAGUUCACGUCGUAAUCGAUAUCGUUAUAAAAAUCGUUUGUUUUCACACAAAUUGUUUAUCGCCCCAUUUUUUUUUGUAGAUGUAACUUUCCUGUAUAAAUGUAAAAAGUAUUAAGCUGUGUAUAUAACGAAGUUGUACAAAUAGAUAUUGAGAAAUAUAAUAUGAUGAUGAUAGAUUUUACUACUAAUUAAGUAAAUAUUAUGGAAGAGAGAAAGAACGAAAGAGAGAGAGAAAAUGU